ACUAACUAUAUCUACGUAGUAUUUUUCUUUUCGUUUUUGAAGUUACACUUCUUUAGGCGCGAUUUAGAAAAAUGUUGGGAUUGGGAGUAAAUAUAAAUGUGGUUGAAUUCAUCAAAAAAUUUUAGCCCUACGCGCAAAUGAAUCACAGCGGAUACGUUAUACGUUUCUCUGAUUGGGCAUUCCAAUGACCUGUCAAAAAUUAUUCAAUAAGGCGGCUGUGGAAUUAUAGAAGACACAAGAAUAAAAAUGAAGAAGCUAGAUCCUAUCACCGAGAGAGAUUUGAUAUUCCACGAGCUAAUUGAGGAAUGUAAACAUGCUGUACCUGGCGCAAUGCUACCUUAUGGCCUUCGGAACAGACUGGAAAAGUGCUCCCCAGAAACCAGAAGGGACAUAGUGAAUAGAGUGAAAAAGGGUUGUUCUCCACUGUUUAUCGCUUGCAAGAAAGGACAGACGGAAAUUGUUGAGUAUCUUCUUACCGUUUGCUCAGCAAAUGUUGAGCAGAAAGGGUUGUUUGAGGUUCAGGAAGAUAGGUACGGCUACAACACCAAUGGGCACAGAUCCACCCACGUCGUAACUCCACUAUGGUGUGCCGCCGUAUCGGGCAAACUAGAAGUGGUCCAGGCGUUGAUAUCCAACGGAGCAAACAUAAACGCCGUCUCAGACACGGGCUCGACCGCUGUGCGUUCGGCCUGUUACAUGACUCAUUUCGAAAUCGUCAAAUAUUUAGUGACUCACGGCGCAGACAUUAAUAGGGCCAAUUUCAAUGGGGGGACGUGUUUAAUAAACUCCGUACAGAGUACGCCGCUGUGCGCGUUUCUUUUAAAAAAUGGAGCCAACGUCAACGCGAGGGAUAUACAGAACAAAAGCGCUCUUCAUUACGCCAUACAGGAACACAGGUUAGAAACUACUCAGUUACUGUUACAAUACGGAGCAGACUACAAUGCAAAAUCAAGAUACGGAGACGAUGCUCUACAGAUGGCAUGCUUGAAAGGCUCUACGAGAAUUUUCAAACAUCUUCUUACCACAUUCUUGUAUCCUACCGAAAAAAUAGUUGAUGCUCACGAGCUCAUGGGAGCAACGUUUUUGGAUGAGCAUAGCGAGUGGGAUAUAGCUGUACAGCAUUGGAAAACCGCGUUGCGUAUCCGACAAGCAUAUAAUUUGUUCCCAAAACAACCAGUAAUGGAACCUCAAGAAGGCUAUAGGUUCCAAAAAGAGUUCGAAACGUUCGAAGAUUUAGAAAAUAUUAUGGCAGAUGAGGAUUCAAUGCGAAUGCAGAGUUUAAUCAUUGCCGAACGAAUCCUAGGAACAUAUCACAAAGAUACCAUAUUCAGGUUGAUGUAUAGGGGAGCCGCGUACGCAGACGUAUUGCGCUAUCAGCGAUCUAUAGACAUAUGGAAAAGGGCGUUAAUAAUUAGGAUAGAAAAGGAUACUGUCCUGUAUACAGAUACAUGUUUUGCCGCGCAGGCGUUAGUGAGAUUAAUGAUGGACUAUCAUAUUAAAUGUGUGAAAAAUGGUGACGAUAAAGACAGGCCUCGUAGAUUUUAUGAUAUUAUGUCCGUGUUCAAUCUUCUCACACACAACAUCUCCGAAAUUCGACUACUGUUAAACAUAAGACCCGUUUACAAGCGACAACUGGAUUUCUUCGACAAACUGUUGAAAUGUAUCGCCCAUCUGAUCUACCUAAUGGUAGAAUCCAUGUCCACUGAGGAUGAAGUUGCGUCAGUGAGAACUGCUAUAACGAACUUUGUGAGGAAAAACAUUAGAUGCGUCCAGUUAGGAGAUACGAUAUUGCAUAUGUGCGUUUCGAAAUUGAAUACGAUCAGAUCUAACUAUUUUAUGAACGAGGAACCUAUUAUUAUAUUCCCGAAAGCCAGUAUAGUCCACUUUUUGUUAGAAUGUGGAGCAUCUGUCAACGAAAGAAAUGAACAAGGACAGACGCCUUUGCACAUCAGCACGCUCACGUAUAACUACUCAGAGGAGGUAGUCAAACUCCUUCUCCAGUACGGCGCUCACAUAGACAUACCAAAUAUCGAAGGCAAAGCACCAAUAGAAGCCAUCGAAUGUCUCAAACCCGAGCAAAAGAGCAACAUCAAUUUGUUACAGUAUUUAUCUCUAAAGUGCGUUUGCGCAACGGUCAUCGCCACGAACAAAAUCCCAUAUACAAAUCAAAUACCAAAGACGCUGGAACAGUUCGUAAAGUUGCACGAACCGUAGAUUUUUGUGUUAAUAAUAAUAUUUGCUGGCUAACGUAAAAUGGGGUCCAGAUUUUAUUCCGCUUAAAACCCGAAAUGAUUGCAUGGCCCGACUUCGGAACAGGUAGAAAUGGUCAAUAUUCGAAGGCGCUGUUGCCAAAUCUUCAGAAUGAAACUAAAUUUAGUUAUUUCUAGUAUUAAUUGAAAAUUUAUUAUCGUAAAUCUAUUUUAAAUAUCGUAUAAUAGUUACAAGACAUGUUAACAGAGGGUUAAAAGUCAUAUUCAAAUCAAAUUACAGUACAAAUAUAAAUUCGGGGGGAGGAAUAUUCCCGAAUAUACUCAGUUCAAUUGUGUGGAUAUUCUUCCACUUUUAAGUUGGGUAAACAGUGGUUUGCAUUGAGAAACAUUAAACAUUUAGAUUUACUUUUUAUUUACUUGUCUUGUAAUAAUUAUUAAACGAUAUUUAAAAUAAAUUUUCAAUUAAUAAUAGAAAGAAACAAAUUAAAAAAAAUACUAUGUUUUUUGUAAAAGGUAUAUUUUAAAAUACCCUAAAUAAGGGUCACAAUGAGACAAAACGUUUUCGGAUUAAGAAAUCCAUCAUCAGUGUUCUAAAAGCCAAAAAUUGCAUGCCUGGUAGGCAUGCAAGGCAUCACCAUCGUGGGAAGAGUCCUGUGUUGCCCUGGGUAACAUCCAUUCAUAUCUAUAAUAUCAUUUGAAUUUUAUAUAAAUAUGUAACACAACAUAAUCAUUUACAUUUAAAGGGUUUUUACCCAACACAUUUUAGCGGCUCAGGAAUUUUUACAGCCAGCUACAGGAAGUUUAUUUUCCUCUUGGAUUUUUUAAACAAAUUUAGUUCAUUCCGUAGAUUUGGCAACAGCGCCUUCAAAUAUCGACCAUUUCUACCUGUUCCGAGGUCGGGCCAUGCGCAACCAUUUCGGGAUUUAAGCGGAUUAAAAUCUGGACCCCAUUUUACGGACCUUAGCCUAUUUGCUUUUUGCUACUAAAUUUAGUCCAGGAUGUAUGCUGGCGCCCGUUAGGUAAAUUAUUCCGAUUAGUUUUUUUUGCACAAACUUACUCAAAAGAGGUCCUUAUAACAAAUCCACAAGGUGCCUGGCGGUACCGUGGUCGGAAAAUUGUUACAAUUUUUUUUUUAAUAAAUUCAAAAAAUAAAUUUUUUCAUUUUAGAUAAUUUUUUUAGAUCCUUGGGCCAUUCUUCUGAGCACUAAAGGCCUCUUGUGAUUUUUCUCUAAAACUGAUUUUUGUUGAGUUAUACGCGAUUUAAAAUUUGAAAAACGCUAAAGUGGCUAUUUUCAAGGCUUAAUAACAAAUUAUUAUGAAAAUCAGAAAGUGACUAAUUCAUAGCUUAAAGACUGAAGAAAUUUUUGUCAUUUUAUUACAAAGCUGUUAUUUUUAAUUAUUAACAAUGAGCGCUAAGCCCGUAUUGAGGCAGCCGCCCAUUAUGGUGCAUCUCUCGCGGACGGCCACCUCAAUACGGGCUUAGCGCUCAUUGUUAAUAAUUAUAAACAACAGCUUUGUAAUAGUGACAAAAAUUUCUUCAGGGUUUUUAAGAAGCUUUGAUUUAGUCACUUUCUUAUUUUCAUAAUAAUUUUAAACCGAGUUAUUAAGCCUUGAAGAUAGCCAUUUUCGUGUUUUUCAAAUUUUAAAUCGCGUAUAACUCGACAAAAAUCAGUUUUAGAGAAAAAUCACAAGAGGCUUUUUGUGCUCAAUUCAAAAAAUCAAUUUUAUUCAUUUUAGAUAAAUUUUUUUAGAUUGUUUUGGCCAUUCUGGCCUCUUGUGAUUUUCUCUAAAACUGAUUUUUGUUGAGUUGUACGCGAUUUAAAAUUUGAAAAACGCGAAAAUGACCAUUUUAAGGCUUAAUAACUCGGUUUAAAAUUAUUAUGAAAAUCAGAAAGUGACUAAAUCAAAGCUUAAAGACCCUGAAGAAAUUUUUGUCAUUAUUUUGUUAAAAAGCUGUUAUUUUUAAUUAUUAACAAUGACCGCUAAGCCCAUAUUGAGGUGGCCGUCCGCGAGAGAUGCACCAUAAUGGGCGGCCGCCUCAAUACGCGCUUAGCGCUCAUUGUUAAUAAUUAGAAAUAACAGCUUUGUAAUAAAAUAAGGACAAAAAUUUCUUCAAGACCUUGUAGGGGGGCUUUAAACUUUGAUUUGGUCACUUUCUGACUUUCGUAAUAAUAAUUUUUAACGAAGUUAUUAAGCCUUGAAAAAUGGCCAUUUUCGCGUUUUUCAAAUUUUAAAUCGCGACAAAAAUCAGUUUUAGAGAAAAAUCACAAGACCUUUUUUUACAAGACAAGCCAGAAAGGCUCAUAAAAAAAUUGGUAAAAAUGAAAAAAAUUAUUUUUUGAAUUUGUUUAAAAAGAAUGUUUCGACAACAUUAACAUUUUUCGACCGCGGUACCGCCUGGCACCCUGUAGAUUUGUUAUAAGGACCUCUUUUUCAUUAAGUUUGUGCAAAAAAUCGAAUCUGAAUAAUUUUCCUAACAGGGGCAGCAUACAGCCGAACUAAUACCGGUCGAUAUUUUUUGUGAUAUUUAGAUUUUAUUAACCGGUGAUAUUCCGAAUCUAGCCACAAAUCUUUUGGGGAAUUGUGAGUGGAAAAUAUAGUCCAAGAGGCAGCGCUGAAAAAUCUCUUUGAAUUUACUAAAGCUAGAUUUUUUACAGUCGAUUACUGUGGUUGUGUAGAGAAAUAUACUGCGGUAGGUCAAGCGAAACGUAGAACAGGGGUUACUGAGAGGGUAUCAAAGCUGCUUUCCUACGAAGAUAAUUAAAUCCAUUUACUAAGGCUGAAAAUCAGUACACACAUUCUAAAUUAAAUAUAAAUAAAAGUUAUUAUAGUCGGUCAGCUGUAUGACGGGACAGAGCCGGUCGGUUGGCCCCAGUGAAUGUACAGGGUUAUUCACUAUAUUUUGACCCCCUUGUAAACUGCUUUAUUUACAGAAUUAGAAAAAAAUGUAAAAUACAAAAGUUAUUCUAUUUUUAAAUUAUGAUUUUUUGACAUAUAUAUCGUACUAGUGACGUCAUCCAUUUGGGCGUGAUGACGUAAUCGACUAUUUUUUUAAAUGGGAAUAGGGGUCGAGUGCUAGCUCAUUUGAAAGGUUAUUCAAUUCCCUAUUCAGUAAUAUAAACAUUAACAUGAUAAAUUAUACAGGGUGUCCAAAAAAAUGUUUUAAUUAAAUUAAUUGUUUAAUUAAUAAUUAAAAAAAAAAUUUGGACACCCUGUAUAAAUAAUGAUUUUAAUGUUUAUAGUACUGUAUAGAGAAUUGAAUAACCUUUCAAAUGAGCUAGCACACGAUUCGUAUUCUCAUUUAAAAAAAUCAUCGAUUACGUUAUCACGCCCAGAUGGAUGACGUCACUAGUACGAUAUAUAUGUCAAAAAAUCAUAAUUAAAAAAUUGAAUAACUUUUGUAUUUUAUAUUUUUUUCUAAUACUGUAAAUAAAGCAGUUUACAAGGGGGUCAAAAUAUAGUGAAUAACCCAGUACAUUCAUUGGGGCCGACCGACCGGCUCUGUCCCGUCAUACAGCUGACCGACUAUAACUUUUAUUUAUAUUUAAUUUAGAAUAUGUGUACUGAUUUUCAGCCUUGGUAAAUGGAUUUAAUUACCUUCGUAGGAAAGCAACUUUGAUACCCUCUCAGUAACCCCUGUUUUUCGUUUCGCUUGAUCGACCGCAGUAUGUUUCUCUACACAAUCACAAUAAUCAACUGUGAAAACUUCAGCUUUAGUAAAUUCAAAGAGAUUUUUCAGCGCUGCCUCUUGGGCUAGAAGUGUGAAAGAGAUCCUUAGUCACUGUAAUACGCACGAUAACCUUAUUUUUCAUUCAUUUGCUUUUGUAAAGUAAAGGCCUUAAUAUAUUCAUUGUAUUACGAAAUCUCUCUGUACUCUUUUGAACUCCAUUUUUUAUGUAUAAAUAUCACAUUUACAUUUUAAAUAUUAUUUUUAAACAAAUUUUGUAAAACAUUGUCUAUCAACUCCCGAUCUAUAAACUGUGGGAUAUUAUAGGUUUGUUCCAACUCGAUACAACACUGUUCUUGAACGGUUACGAGUAUGCGCAGUAACGAAAAAUGUGUUACAGCGCAUAAUUAUUCGUUAUUACGCAUGCGCGUAACGACUCAAGAACGGUUUUGUAUCGAGUUGGAACAGAACUAUUGAUAGUGUGUUUGAAUUGCGAUGUUGCAAGAUUUAUCAGCUUUAUAUUUAUUUCGUAGAUUUCCAAACCUCCAUAAAAGUAUUAACUUCAAACCAAUCAGAUAAUUGAAUUAUAUUUAUAAAACCGUUAUGUAUAUGGUAUUUUCUUGGGAUAUAGGUAGCAGAUAAAUUUACCUAUUAUGUUUAAAUGUAAAAUUUAAAAGCGAUAAACGAAGAAGAAGAUUUAAAUGUAAAGAUAAGAACAAAUUGAUCUGUGGCUUGAUUCGGAUAGAGUGAAAUGCACGAUUUUAAAGAACGCCUGACCAGGCAGACUUAUUUGUUAAUAUUAAGAUUGGACUGUUUAUUUCAUAGAUAUAUAAAGAAAACUUUAUUUUGUCGAUUAAUUAAAAUUGUUAUCGGACAAAUUACAGUAUUAAAGGGAUUUACAAGUGAAUAAGGUCCUUAUAAAGAGUCAACGUAUAACAUGAUCUGAAUAUAAAAUAGUGUAUCUCACAUGCAACAGUUAGCUAAAGUAUGUAAGCAGUAACUUAAAUUAUGAGUUAAAGUCCGCCCCCCACCCCACAGCCUAAAUUAAUAAAGUUUUAUACAGGGUGUAAUAAAAAGGCAGGUCAUAAAUUAAAUCACAUAUUCUGGGACCAAAAAUAGUAUUUUGUAUUUUGACAACGAAACCCAAUUUGGGCUUCGAAACGUUAAUAAAUUCAUUUUUUAGUAAAAUUGUGGCUUAUUUCCCAUAAAAAAUACGUAAUUAUAAAAAUGCCACAAGGAAAUAGCUUCAGAACAACAUCAAAAAUAGUUCGCUUGAACCUAACUUACCUUAGUACAAAAAAAUUGCACAUAAAAAAAGUUACAGCCCUUUGAAGUUACAGAAUGAAAAUCGAUUUUUUUCCAAUAUAUCGAAAUCUCUUAGAGAUUUCUUAUUGAAAGUGAACAUGUGGCAUUCUUAUGGCAGGAGCAUCUUAAAAUGUAUUACACCGUUCUUAGGCGUCAACGCCCUUCGGUAGGGAUCUAUGGGGGAGUAUCACCGAGCCGCAAGCCCUUAUCCCUUGCCGUACUGCUCCCUCAUAGGUCGAUCAGAUGCCCGCAUAUUCCAGUCUAAGCGCCAGAUUCAUAUUUAGAAUUUUAUACUGGCACGUUAGCCUUUUUGUCUUUCCGAUGGCCUGGGCUGGGCUUGAACUCACAACCUCAAAGCGAAGUGAAGUGUGGAUCAGCCGCUAGUCGCACUGAGCUAUCCGAUCGAGCAUCUUAAAAUAGCAGUGAAAUUUGUGCACCCAUAAAAAUUGUAUGGGGGUUUUGUUCCCUUAAACCACCCCAAAUAUUUGUAAAUGUUCCAAUUAAAUUAUUAUUGCCCCUUAGUACUUUUUCGAUAAGCCAGUUUUAUCGAGAUAUGUAUUUUGAAAAUUUGUAAAAGCCACCACAUAUUUUUAAAUGGUUAAGCAAGAUGAUAGAGAUCUGAUAAUAUUAUUGUAGGAUUCGUUAAAGACAAUCGUAUUAAAAGUCCGUGUGAUGUUUAACAGUUUUAAUUAAUAAAAUAGAUAACUAAAUUAUAGAUACUAUUAAAUUGACGAAAUGUAAAAGUGUUUGUGUAAUUGCGACCAAAAUUUACGUGCUCUUAUAAAAAGAAAUGUAUUGGGAAAUAAUUGCGUCUAAUCAAUAUUAUAACCGGCUUGUCAUAAUAUUCGUCUUAAAGCGCCUCUUUACGUCUUAAAGCGUCUUUUUCUAUUCUCCCAAAGAACACGUCCGUCUAGAUCCUGAUGUUAAAAUCGACUGACGCUCGCACCCCUACGCUAAAUAAAAAUCUGUUAUAUCUUAUCUCCCUUUUCCGUUUUUUCCUGAGAACCAACCUAUUAAAAUUGGUUUAAAGUAUGUACCGACUUUUUUCAAUAAACGAAAACCAAUAAAAUUAGUCAAGGCGGCUAAUGUUUAUCUUAAACUCCGAUUCCAAACGAUUCGCACAUAUGUGGCAUAAUAUGUGUUCGUAUGUGUGAGACCCUUUUUUCGUGCUCGUAAUAAUAAUUAAGAAAAAAAAUAUAUACAGUAGACUUAAAAAUAUAAGGUAAAAUAUUUACAAUUCUACAUUAUUAUGAAAAUAAUAUUGUAUAAUCUUACUUACCAUUUAAAAAUAUGUGGUGAAUUUCAAAAUAUCUCGAUAACAACAACUGGCAUAUCGAAAACGUACUAAGAGGCAAAAAAGUUUUAAAAACAUUGUGAUUAACUAAGGCUACCACAAUAAUGAUUUAUUUGGAACGUAUAGAAAUAUUCGAUGGGUUUAAGGGAACAAAACGCCCAUAAAUUAUUAUGUGGUGCACAAAUUUCACUGUUAUUUUAAGAUGUUCCUGUCAUCAGAAUGUCACAUGUCCAUUUUCAAUAAAAAAUCUCUAAUAGUUUUCGAUAUAUUGGGAAAAAUCGAUUUUCAUUUUGUAACUUCAAAGGGCUGUAACGUUUUUUAUGUGCACAUUUGUAUUAAGGUAAGUUAGAUUCAAUCGAACUAUUUUUGGUCCCAGAAUAUGUGAUUUAUGACCUGCCUUUUCGUUACACUCUGUACAUACUUAGGGUUAGCCAUAUUGUUUUAAUACCUUUUAGUUCGUGAAUCAUUUAAAACUGCACAUGGAUGUAUUUUAAUAAAUACGAAAUAGUAUGUAUGGAGUGUAAACAAAUGUGAAAUAUUAUUAGCUACCUAAAAAAUUUAAUUUUAUCUUCGACUGUCUUUUAUAUACCGGUGGUGAAUCGUAAAACGGGCCAUAGGAAACUCAAUGUAAAAUUCUAAACUGUUGAAUUCCUGCUUCCCUAAUUAUUUUACAUCAAAAGUCAUGAGAGAAUAUUUGUAGAGGAUUGAAAUCUGUAUUACAAUCAAAAGUUAAAAUUGUUCUACGAUUUAAACGCAUUCCAAAAUUUUGAAAAAUAUACAUUUGCCACAGUAGGGUAUGUGUGUAAAAGUUAGGCCACAAGUGACUAUUUAACUGACAGUGCUCACACCAUUGACUGAAUAAAAAAUCUUUAUUAUUAGUAAAAUACUUUCUCAGCAACUAAGGGUAUAUUAUUAAGUGUAUUGUUUUUAAACAAUAAAUGAUAAAAUAAAAAUAUUGGCAGUUCAAAAAUAUGUGAAAAUAAUAACUUCAUUGUGACACAUUAUUGCACUGUGUGUGGCCUAAUUUUGGGCUGAAAAACUGAAAAAUGUAGUACAUUUUUACAAAAUUUUGGAAUAUGUUUAAUUCGUAGAACAAUUUUAACAGUUGUUUUCAAUACAGAUUUCAAUCCUCUACAAAUAGUUUCUAAUGUCUUUUGAUGUAAAAUAAUUAGGGAAGCAGGAAUUCAACAGUUUAGAAUUUUACAUUGAGUUUCCUAUGGCCCGUUUUCCAAUUCAUCACCCGGUAUAGCCAUUUUAUACAUAGCGAUAUAUUUAUGUAUUUUAUAUAAAGCCAUCUCUUUUGGAUGGAUGCAAACAUUUCUUAAAACAAGAUAAUUUCUUUAGUUUUGCAGCAUACGGUAGCCUUUUUGUCUCUAUUUUAACAUGUGGAAUAUAAUGAUCCCAGAUUAAAACGUCUGUAUUGUAUUUCGUCAGGUAUUUAUGACUCAUGGGUAAAGAUUCACGGUUUCUACAAUAUUACAGCUCAAGUAACAAAAAAAGUUGAUCAUUUUUACUAAAAAUGUUCCCGAACAUCCAAACUAUAGUGCAGAUCUGACACUAUUCGACUUCCAUAUUUUUUACCACUAAAAAAAUUCUUUUUACACUUUUUACUUUAUAAUGAAGUUCUAUUGGCAAUUGGUAAUUGUAUCCAACGCACUCGAUUUAAAUAAGGACUAAAGAUGGUCAUACAAAUAUGUUCAUAAAAGUUAAUAUUACGUGUCUUUAGCUUCUUUAAUAGUUGCAUGAUGAUAUACUGUUGUAGUUGGUGACGUUUUGUAGAAGAACGGUUCUUGAAUUAUAUUUUAUAUAAGGUGUAACUAAUUUUUGUCAAAUAGCAUGUCAGUCCGAUCAGACAGACUUUUCGAAUGUUACAUUUCUCGUAUAUUAUUUUCGAUUGUAUAGGAUAUAUUUUUAUUCUACUAAUAAAUAUUUUUGUUUAA